UGAACAGGACUUUUAUUUUGGUGUGGUGGUGUGAGGCCAUAAGGCUGCGCCGUGCUCCUGCAUCUGUGAUUCGGCUGAAGAAAGUAUCGAACCACACAGAAAAACUGGUGAAGCAACUGAGAUCCACGUGACACACGAUUAUAAAGAUGGCGUUCAUUAAAGAGGAGAGUGAAGACUUCAGGAUUGAAGAAGUGUUCAGUCUGAAACAAGAAGAUACUGAGGAACAAACAGACCUGAUUGAGAAGAGUCAAGAGCUGAAGGAUAUGGAAGAGAAAGAGCAGAAUGAGAAAGAUCAUGAUUUAAAAAUUGGAGAAAAGAAGGUAGAAUCUAAGAGUUUUACCUGCCAUCACUGUGGAAAGAGUUUCAAUCGACAACGAAACCUUAAGGUCCACAUGAGAGUUCACACUGGAGAGAAGCCUUACACCUGCCAACAGUGUGGAAAGAGUUUUGCUCAAAAAGGAAGCCUUGCAGUCCACAUGAGAAUUCACACCGGAGAAAAGCCUUAUACUUGCACUCAGUGUGGACACAGUUUUACACAUAAAAGCAAUCUUAAUUCCCACAUCAGAAUUCACAGUGAAGAGAGCUUGUUCAGCUGCCAACAGUGUGGGAAGAAUUUCAUUCAAAAACAUAACCUGGCAGUCCACAUGAGGAUUCACUCUGGAGAGAGACAUUUUAUCUGUAAACAGUGUGGAAAGAGUUUUGCUAAAAAAGGA